GGCAGCCUCGGGCGGCCGCGGCCGUUAAACGCCGGCCUGCGGGCGCGGCCCCCGCCAUGGCGGCGGCGCGGUGAAGGCGGCGCGCUCGGGGCGCGGCGCGGCGCCGGGCGGCAGCGAGGAUGCUGCUGGUCUAUGUGAUCCUGCUCUCGGCGCUGGCCGGCUGCUUCCUCACGCUCUUGCUUCAGCUCCUGCUCCUCUACAGGAAGAAGCCGGAGCCCCCCGGCGCGGCCGCAGCCUCCGACGGCCUCGUCUACGCCCGCGUCGCGACCGACCACAGCCUCAGGGACUACCUCCAGGGCUCGGAGCCGGCCGGCAGCCAGGCGUCUCCGGAGCCGGCCCCCGGCCCGGCCCCGGCCUCAGCGCCGCCCGCCGCGGCUCCCGCCGCCGCCCCGGGCCCGGAGCCCAGCGCCAAGCAGCCGCCGCCGCCGCAGCAGCAGCAGCAGCAGCCGGAGUCCCCUCCGGCCCCCUCCUCCCGUGAGGAGACGUGCCACUUCCUCAAUGCUAUCUUCCUCUUCCUCUUCAGGGAGCUCAGGGACACGGCCCUGGUCAGGAACUGGGUCACCAAGAAGAUCAAGGUGGAGUUUGAGGAGCUGCUCCAGGCCAAGAUGACGGGGAAGGUGCUGGAGGGGCUCAGCCUCAGGGACGUCUCUCUCGGCAACGUCCUGCCCGUCUUCAAAGCCGUCAAGCUCAUUCGGCCGGUGGUCUGCAACGAAGAAGGCUGCCCCGAGGAGCUGGGCUUUGAGGUGGACCUGGAGUACAACGGUGGCUUCCACUUGGCCAUCGAUGCCGACCUGGUCUUUGGCAAGUCGGCCUACCUCUUUGUCAAGAUCUCCCGGGUGAUGGGGAAGCUGAAGCUGGUUUUCACGCGUCUGCCCUUUACUCACUGGUCCUUCUCUUUUAUGGAUGACCCUGUGAUACUCUUUGAAGUGAAGUCUCAGUUUGAAGGGAGGCCCAUGCCUCAGCUCACUUCCAUCAUUGUGAACCAGUUCAAGAAAGUUAUUAAGCGCAAGCACACCUUACCCAAUUAUAAAAUCAGGUUCAAGCCAUUUUUUCCAUUUCAAGUAUUGCCACCUGAUGAAUAUGAAGAUCGAGACCUCUGUAUACAGGAUUUUCUAUUGACAGAAGGUCGACUAAAAGUCACGUUAAUUGAAUGUACAAGGUUACUUAUGUUUGGAUCCUAUGAAAGAGAAACAAAUGUUCAUUGCACAAUGGAGCUGAGCAGUAAUGUUUGGGAAGAAAAAUCAAGAAGUUCUAUUAAAACGGCAGAACUAGUGAAAGGGAAUCUGCAAAGUGUUGGGCUCACGCUCCGCCUUGUGCAGUCCAAGGAAGAAGAUGCAGGGCAUGUUGUCAUUGAAACUGUGACUCCAAACUCACCUGCUGCAGCUGCUGAUCUACAGAGAGGAGACAGACUUCUAGCAAUUGGCAGUGUUAAAAUCACAUCAACUGUCCAAGUGUUGAAGCUUAUUAGACAGGCUGGGGACAGAGUUUUAGUCUUUUAUGAAAGGCCUGUUGGGUAUAAUCAGCAUGGUUCGGCGCUGCAGGAUGGAUUUGGACAACUGGAAGACACUGCUUUCUUGACACAGCCAGAAGAUGACCAAGCUAGUUUAUCAGCUGAUGUUGAUAACAGAGAUUUUGAUUCAGAAUUUGAGGACUUAGCUUGUGAAUCAUCUGACCAAAAAGAAGAUCUGCCAACAACUCCGAGUCCCAAACGUUCAGUAGUAAUACUUGCUGCUAAACCACUUGGAACUAUAUCACCAAUUCUGAAUCGAAAACUACAUUUAGGAAGUUAUCAGACAACAUCAAAAACGCAACAAAAAGAUGGAGCUAAAGUGGCAAUGCCCAAAACUAUGGAGGGUUCAGAUGCAUCACAGCUAUCAGGUAAACAAUCACAAGGAUCCAGUAUUAAGCCUCCUGUGCCACCUAGGCCACAAAGUAAGCCUAUUUUGCCUACUAGUGAAACUCAAAAUCUGUUGGAAACUGGAGGUGUAUCUUCUGAAAAACCAGAGAGACCACCUCCACCUACAAAUAAUGGAGAUAAGUGUACAGAGAAGGUAGUAAAGAAUAAUGAUCAAAUAGAAGACCCAGCGGUAUCAAAAGUAAUAACAGCACCAAAACAAGAUACAUUAAAAGAUGGACUUUCAGAAAAUGCACGUAGUUACAAAGAUAGUGGAGAUGAUCAUCAAACAUGGGAAUCGCCAGAAAUUCCUUAUAAAAUCCGUCAAGGCCGAUGGCCAAGGACGAGAACAUCCUCCUGCCUAUUUGAAGUAGAAGGAUACCAUAAGUACCUUAAUGUUGCACUGUGGUGCAGAGACCCUUUCAAAGCAGGUGGUUUUAUCUGCUUAGGAUAUGCAAGCAUAAAACUUGAAGAAAUUGCUUUAGAUUGUAUAGCUACAUCCUCAAUGGAAUAUAUUAGAACAUUUAAACUGGAUGCUCCUACACCUAAAGCAGCAGUCACUAGAACAGCAUUGCGGAAUUUGACAACCCAUAAGGGAUUCAAUGAAAAAUUUUGUUAUGGCGAUGUGACUUUACAUUUCAAAUAUUUAAAAGAAGGUGAAAUAGAUGAUUCAAACUUCCUUCUGGAGAAGGAAAGGGAAUGCCACUUGGAAGAAGAAGCUCGUGCGCUUCAGAAAGAGGAUCCUUACUUGGGACAAAUUGUUCUUACGGAGAACAAGCAUAACUUUCAAGAUACUCAGUUUCAGAAUCCAACUUGGUGUGAUUACUGCAAAAAGAAAGUAUGGACUAAAGCGGCUUCGCAGUGCAUGCUCUGUGCUUAUGUUUGCCAUAAAAAAUGUCAAGAAAAGUGUCUAGCUGAGACACCCUUUUGUGUAGGAGCUGAGAAGCGAAUUGAUCGAACUGUGGGAGUUUGUAGAGCAGAAGGACAGGAAGCUCCCCAAGCUGCAUCCUCUCGCGUUGAUUCAGAAUCUAAAUCUGUUAACAGAACUACAGGUUUGACCAGGCAUAUCAUCAAUACAAGCACCCGUUUGUUAAACCUUCGUCAAGUCCCCAAAGCUCGCCUUUCUGAGCAAGGAACAGAGGUGGUAGAACCUUCACCAAAGCACACACCAAACACUUCUGAUAAUGAAAGUAGCGAUACUGAAAUCAGUGGGCCAAGCAGUCCUUCAAAACGUGCAGCAGGUACUGGGAUAAAGUUGGUCCGAAAGGAGGGUGGUCUAGAUGACAGUGUCUUCAUUGCCGUUAAAGAAAUUGGACGUGAUCUCUACAGAAGUUUACCCACAGAGGAGCGUUUUCAGAAAUUAGAAUUUAUGUUGGAUAAGCUGCAGAAUGAAAUAGACCAGGAGCUGGAAAAUAAUAAUUCACUUGUUAAAGAAGAAAAAGAGACAACCGAUGCAAGGAAAAAAGCCUUGAUUUCUGCUGCGCUGGCUAAGUCGGGUGAAAGACUGCAGGCCCUUACGCUGCUGAUGAUCCACUACAGAGCAGGCAUUGAGGAUAUAGAGUCUUUGGAGAACAUGUCAAUAGAGCGGCAGUCCAAAAGAGUGACUAAAGAUUCAGAGGAACCCAAUAUAGCAGAAGAAAUGGAUAAUGAAGAUGUCAGUCUGACAGAGGCUCCAACAUUCAACAUCAUAUCGGAAGAACCAGUUGAUCCACCUCAAUCAGUAGACUGAUAUUUACGUAUUUAGCCUUUGAAGGAAUGGACUAAAAGAAUACUUUGCACUUAAUUACAAACACACACCAAGUAAAUUAAAACACUGGUAUAAUGUACGUGUCCUGCUUCUCCACACUUGUUUGCCUGUGUAAGAGUACAGCUGAUAAUGGUUCUCCAGCUACAGCACCAUCGUUUUGUCAAACUGGCUGGUUACAACUACAUUUUGAGGUUUAUAUUGGAAAUUUAUUUUUAAUAACUUAUUUUUAUUUUUUCUAAUUAUGUAACCUUACCAUUUCACAUUAAUGUGUGUGGUGUCCUUAAUGUAUUACUUGCCGUCCCCUGCCCCCCCUUCUUUUUUUUUUUUUUGAGCUAGUGUUUUCAACAGGAAACUGGCAGGAUUUUCAAAAUGUUUAGUUUCCAUCGUAUGAUGAAAAAAUGAUAAGCUUGUUGCAUGCCUAAGCUGAUGACUGACACAGAAGUCACUGAGGGACCAGGCUUUACAACGUUGAUCACAGUUUUAUUGUACAUCUUCUAGGUAGUUGUGUAUUUUUUUUUGCCAAACAUAUCAUGAAAGCAAACAAAAGUCUUUCAUUUUGUCAGUUAUUAGUAUUUACUAAAGUUAAUAUUGCAUAUCAUUUGUUUUCCAUAUUUUUAAGUACAGGAACUUUUCAUAGUUUGUAAUUAACAUGAAAUACAGUAAUGCUAAAAAAAGUCAUCCUUAGAACUUUGGGCUAUUGUGUCCUGAUUGAAUAAUACUAUAUAUCAAAGUACAUGCCAGUAUCCUGUAAUAAUUUUAAUUGGGAAUAUUUUUGAGAUGAGGCUGGUUGCCUUCCAGAACAAAGUUAUAUGUUUAAGUAUUGUUGUAUUAUCUGAUAACCUGAUAAAGGAAAAUUGUUCUUCACAAGAGUUGGAGGUUUCAUUGCAUUCUAUGAAAAAGCAUGUAAUGAUGGUUUAAGUAAUUUAAAAAAAACCCAAUAUUUUGCUGCAGACUUUAUCAUUUCAGAAAACUUAAGGUACAAAAUACUUUACAAAAUAGCUAAACAUGUUCUCUCAUCACUUUUGAGUAAUCAUAUAGUGGUAAGUUGCAUUCAGCUUCUCAGACAGAAGAGACAGUCUGAGCAGAAUUAUCACCGUUGUCCGAAUAAUGUCCUAUAGUGUAUAUAACAUGUUUUAUUUGAGUCAAAAUAAGUGAGUCCAGUAGAGAUGAGCAAGAAUUUCAGCCAGCAGCUUUUGAAAAGAACUAUCUGGUCUUGUGCUACGUGUAAACUGUGCAUCUUAGCAUCACCUGGCUAAGGCCAUUCUUAUUUAUUUCCUGUAAACAUGUCUUUGUUUCAUCUUUUGUGUAUAGAAAUGCCGUAUAAAAUAUCAUCUUUAUUUUAGGUACUGUGUUAGGUACUGGUAUCAUUAUCACUGGUAUCACUGGUAGUAGAAAAAAAAAAUGCCUUUGUGGAAAUGGAGUUGAAUCUAAGAUGGUGAAAUAACUGAUUUAAAUUUUCAGGCAGUCUGUAAUGUACCUCUCCAUUAAAUUUGCUUCUCGGUUUAUUCUGCGGUGGGCAAAAUUAAGAAGCAAUGGUUUUCACAGAUGGAAGAGCAUACUUGUACUUCUAAACAAAACGGUUACUUCCACUCAUGCAACUACUUGCACUUCUUUGUGAGUUCUGGGCAGUUGAUACUUAUUUAGUUGAUGUAUGGAAAACACUAUCCAUGCUAAAAUAGGCAUGUGACACACCUGAAAUUAAGCUUCAGCAAAUAAUCGCACAAAAUUAGCUUCCCUUAUUGACUAAAACUUAUUUAACCUAUACUUGCUUGAGAUGCGUAUUAAGACUUCCCCACUCCAUUUUCUCAGUGGCUUACCAUUGGUGGUGAUCUGCAUUCAAUCUCCAUCAGUGUUUGCUCUUAUGGACUACUAUAGAGGUUUUCAAAUAUAUCCAAGUACUUCAUUUAAACCCUGGUACACAUGAAGGAGCUGUGAAAACAAUGCAAAUACUGAUUUCAAAAACACAUUCGUGGUUUUAAAUUGACUUGUGUGAUACAGUGGGUAAGAAAAGCUGGAUAUAGUUUUCCUCGUAUAGUAUUGCUAAUGAUGAUUGUAAGAGAUAAAUUAAACGUAGUGCAAUAUUUUUAAAUAUACCGAAUGGGAAAAGGGCAAAAUAGUUGUAUUUUAGUGAUAAGAAGGAAAACAUAAAUUCCUACCUGGCAUUAAUUAAAAUAAACGGUGAGUCUUGAGGGGAAAAUUGUAAUACUACAUUCCUGAUGUAAUCUUUGCUUCAUGCUUGAUUGUAAAUAGCUGAAAAUAAAGAAUACCACAGAAAACAAGAAUAUCUUGACUUAAUGAUAUCUGAAUAGGUGGCAGCUGCACACAUUUGCAGAAGAUCUGCCUAAUAUGAUUUUGUUGGCUAUUAUUUUAUCAUGAGAAUAAGCUUUAAUAAAAUAGUUUUGCUAAAUUA